UUCCGCUCGUUCUCGUGAGUGCGUGGUGUGCUAGGCAGAGCACGGGAUACGCGCAUGCAGGUAGCGGACUAACAGUUGAGUACUCGGUGAUUAGAGACGUUUUGGUGACAGUUCUGCUGCAGGUGGUUCGUCUUUUCUUCGUUGCCAGACAGUGAAACAGCGAGACUACGGUGGAGGUGUAAUGGACUCUUGAAACGAGUUAAACAAGUGUCUCAACAUCCUCAGAUUAUAGACAGUGUAUUAUACUUGACCCUCCCCUUCGUUCAACCUUUCAGUAUUUCACCAUGGAGGCCAGAGGAAAGUAUGACUUCAAUGGCAAAGCAGAAGAUGAGCUCAGCUUCCGGAAAGGAGACAUUCUGAAGAUCCUGGGAUCUCAAGACGAAUGGUUCAAAGCAGAGCUACAUGGUCAUGAGGGCUUCAUACCUAAAAACUAUGUUGACAUGCAAACGCUGAGCUGGUACAAAGAGAACGCCAGGCGUGGCUCGGCUGAGGAGAUUCUCAUGUCCCGAGAGGUGGGUGCUUUCCUGAUCCGUGGCAGCCAGAGUUCCCCUGGAGACUUCUCCAUCUCAGUCAGACACGAGUAUGAUGUACAGCAUUUUAAAGUUAUGAAGGAUAAAUCGGGCCAGUACUACUUGUGGACGGACAAGUUUACCUCUCUAAACAAGCUUGUAGAGUUCUACAAGACCACCUCCAUAUCCAAGCAGAGGGAGAUCUUCCUUAGUGACGGAAGUGGAAAUGAGCCACGAGCACCUCCACCUUUAAGGAGUCAACCCGACGUUCGACCUUCCCCAGGUGGUGGUUAUGGCAGUCCCCCAACCUCAUCACAACACCGCAACACAACAGAUCAGAGUCACAACCAGAAGAGUAAGAGAGGAAGUGUUGAGGAUAAAGCUAACACUGUGGGACACCAAGGGAGGAACAGCCCAGCCCCUUGGCGAACCUCUGAAACUUUGCCUGCUCCGAGGUCAACCAUACAGGUGAUGGCAAUGUAUGACUUCACAGCAGAGGAAGAUGACGAGUUGGGCUUCAGUUCCGGUGACAUCAUUGACGUACUGGACCGCUCUGAUGCGUCAUGGUGGAAAGGUCGAUUGCGCGGCAGGACUGGUCUUUUCCCUGCCAAUUACACAGAACAGAUCUAAAGUCUUCUGAUUGCUCAGAGGUGUGGAAUCACUAUACUAAGAGUCAAAUCUAUCAUUCUCUUACCAAAUGCCUGUCAAUAAUGUAUGGACUGGUCGAUUAUUUUCAAAUUACUUUUUAUAAAACUGGCUGCAGAACUGUUGAGGAGAAGUGAGAAAAAGACUCAUGAAGCUCUUUGUUGCUUCUCUUUUUCAUAUACAUAACCAUUUUU